AUGGAAGGUGGUGAAUUAUUCAUUCGUAUUCAACAACGAAACAAUAGACCAUAUACUGAACGUGAUGCUGCUAGAUAUAUUUGGAUGCUUGUUCAAGCUGUUUAUCAUUUACAUAUAAUGGAUAUUGCUUGUGAUAUUUGGUCUAUGGGUGUUAUUAUGUACAUUCUUCUAUGUGGUUAUCCACCUUUCUUUCCCAGAAAUGGAGAAAACUCAAGUUAUGGUAUGAAGAAUAGAAUUAGAACAGGUGAUUUUCAAUUUCCUGAUGUCGAAUGGAAAAAUAUUUCACAAGAAGCAAAAUCGAUUAUUCAACGAAUGCUCAUUGUUAAUCCAGCAAAUCGAAUAACAAUCGAUGAAAUUCUUACAAGUUCAUGGUUGACUGAAUUGACUUCCGAAAGAUCAAUCGAUAUGAGUUCACUUCAAGAUGUCGAAACUCGGGAACAAUUAAAAGCUGCAGUUGCAUCUGCUAUCGAUUCACAACAUCGAACUGAUGAUGAUCUAGAUAUUGAAAUAUUUGAACUAGACACAUCACGUAUUGCUAAACGAGCAGCUAAAAAGAACGGACAAAUAGCUCUCAUUGAUGAAACUUUUCGUAAAAUGAGAAUCGAAACUAAAUAUGAUCAUGAAGAAAGUUCAGCAACUACAACAACAGAAUCACAAAGUCAAUCAUUAGAUCUAUCCGACAAAAAUUAA